AUGGAAGAGGUAGUCGCUGGAGUGGCUAUCAAAGCCGAGGACAUGAUGUGGGGCCACAACUUGGGCUGCGACUUUGCUAAACAAAGCUGUCUAUCGUGGAUGAAAAGGAAUUUGGAGAAUCCAUAUCCGUUUUGCAAUAUAUAUGGUGACGUCAGUUUAGUCGUAAUUCGUUCAGCAGACAAGGAGGCAUCUCUGAAAUCAGCGUCUGAUAACUCGAUAGAAUGCUUCGACAAAACCCAUAAUACCUCUAGACUUCAUCUGACAGAAGUAAAAGGAAAGAAGAGUUCUGUCGCGGCGAAAUGCAAAGACCGAGAGCUCAAUAUUGCCGAUCGUCGGCUUGCCGCGAAAAAAGUU